AAGAUGGCUACUUCCAUUAGCAAAAGUGCUGCGCUCACUAAAGCUGAUUACUUAAAACGAUAUUUAUCAAACGACGAUGAUGGCAAGAAGUCGAAAGAAAAUAAGAUUAAGAAGAAACGACCGAAACCCACAGGGACAGGGAUGAAAAUUGUGGAUGAUGACAUUGACUGGAGGCAACUGGCUGUUCAAAACGAAGAGGAAAACAAAGAGGAAGAUGAGGAGGAAGCGCCUGUGAUUGCAGAAGUGAUAGAUGAACGGCCAGAAGAUGUUAAGCAACUUGAGGCGUUUCGAACUAGCAACAAGUGGAAAGUGAUGGGUGCAACAGAGAGUGAGCUCCAAGAAGCUCAGGACUCAGAACUAGAUGGAAGCUCAAAUGCUGACAGAGGUCAUAAAAUACGACAUGACUCACCAGAGAGUUCUCCUGUACAGAGGUCGAGGCACGAUUCACCUGACCUCUCACCCAAGAGGCUUCGACAUGACUCCCCGGAUCUCUCAGCUCAAAGAAAAGGUCGCCAUCAUUUGCCGGAUCUCUCACCUCAGAGACGAGGUCGCCAUGACUCACCAGAUCUCUCACCCAAGAGAGACAAAACAAACUACAAAAACAGACGACACGACUCCUCAUCGCCUUCCCCUCCGAGAAAGAGCAACAAGGGCUCACCCUCCAGAAUUCAAAGGCAGCACAAUAAAGAGUCCCUGCAUAGAAAAAAGACAAAAGUUGCUGCAGCAGGUGACCUUUCGCCUCCCAGAAGACGAGCCCGAACUGGAAAAGACUCCGACUCGGACCAGUCCCCUCCACGCAGACAUCCUCACGGGCGACAGGGCGCAGACUCUGAUUUAUCUCCACCCAGAAAGAGAGGCCAGAGAGGUAGAGGUUCAGAUUCAGAUCUCUCUCCCCCCAGAAAGAAGCCACAGGGAGGCCGUGGAUCUGAUUCAGACCUGUCUCCACCACGAAGGACACGCUCACCUGAUGGACAGGGUCCUCGAAUGUUAUCUGGUGGAGCUGCUGGUCUGGUCUCUGUAGACGUCCUAAGGAAAGAGCAAGAAGAAAUUCGCAGAAGGGAAAAGCACAACAAGCCUCUUGAAGAGGAAUCCAGAAAUGCAGAGACGAUUUUUCGAGAUAAAUCGGGUAGGAAACGUGACCUGGAGUCAGAGAGAGUCGAACUUAAAAGAAAAGCUGGAGAGAAGGCGGAGAAGGAUGAGAAUUAUGCUCAGUGGGGAAGAGGGCUUGCACAGGGUGAAAUGCAGCAGCAGAAUUUGGACGAUGCCAUACGGGAGGCUCAGAAGCCGCUAGCCCGACAUAUUGACGAUGAAGACCUGGAUCGCAUGCUGAGGGAGCAGGAAAGGGAAGGAGACCCCAUGGCUGCCAUGCUCCGUAGGAAGAAAGAGAAAAAUGCACAAUCGAAAGGGAUAAAAGAAAAACCUACUUACAAAGGCCCGCUCCCUCCUCCAAAUCGCUUUAACCUUAUGCCCGGGUAUCGCUGGGAUGGAGUGGACAGGUCCAACGGUUUCGAGCAAAAGCGCUACUCCAGGAUAGCUGAUAAGAAAGCUGUGGAAGAGAUGGCAUACAAGUGGAGUGUGGAGGACAUGUGAAAAUCUCGAACUUUGAGAGAUUCUUGAUGUACAAACUGUUCACUGAUGACAUAAUGACAUCAGUAAAGCUCCCACUACACCUGAACUCAAUGCAGAGUGGAGCUACUUUUGAUGAAUCGGGAUGUUUGAUCAUAUAAAAAGAUUGUUUGCAAUGAUCGGUUGUUUUGUUUAUAAGAAACAUGUUUACUUAUUAAAUGUUAGGUUUUUAUACAAAGCUGCUUUGUUUUUAUUUUCAGAAAAUGGCUUUUCAUGCCUUGUAGUAAAAUAAGAUGGAGAUAUAUACGUAACGAGUUAGUGUAGAUAUGUGGUGAAGUGUAAUGAUACUGUAACCCAACACAUUUAAGAGAAGCAAUGAUGCUUCACACUUUUUUUUUUUUUAGAAUUAUGGAAUUGAAAUAUUUUAAAAUUUACUUUUGUCAUACGCUGACAAAAUCUCUCUCCAGUCCUCCAACAAUAUUAUCUCUUAUUGAAUGACCAGGUAAAAAAAGAAACCAACAUUGUUUUUGUAAAAAUAGAACAAAGCAAAGAAAGAUAUAUUUUUUAAUAUAACUUUCAUCCUUAAUAUUACAUGCAUCCUUAUGUAAUUCUGUGGCCCAUUUAAAAAUACACAUGGCUUCUCUUAAACGGGCUUCACCGUUCUGUUUCCGCUGUUCUUUUAAUUUGGACGGGGGCUGGAGGAGCAUGCGCAGAGACGUCCCAUCCAGGGAAGGCCUCUCUUUGCACUGUUCUGUAUUCUACUCUGUAGAACACAGGAUUAUUUUCAUUACAAAUGUCCAGAAAACAGAAAUAAGGCUGUUAGGUCUGAUGGUUAUUACCUCAAUGACGUGUUGAAGGCUAGAUUGUCCGGACGAGGAACGACCUGAUUUCUCCUGACAUAGAUUCUCUUUGGUGCUGAAAAGUCCUGCUGGUAAAGAGAAAAUCUUUGUUCUUGGGCAGCCUUCUCCGGUCUCACAGGGGCUUUCGUUUGCCAUGCGAUUGGAGUCCCAUCUGGUGUGUAAGCUGGGUAAUCCUCUCUGUUUGUUGUAAUGAAGCUUUGGUCCCCUGAAAUGUAAUACUUCAUUUAAAACAUUUAUAGAUUUUCACAAAUUAAAGUUUUUUUGAUAAACA